AUGUCCUCCUCCGAUAAAUGGGUCUGUUCCGCCAACGAAGCUCUGCAACUAAGUCUAGUCAGCAUCCACUCAAAGUCGAAUGGAUUAGAUCGGAAAUCCUUCCAUCCCGAUUUCACUUACCCAAUCUAUGGCGAGGCAGAGAGCAUAUACGGCUACACCGAUCUCGGCAUUCGUCUCUGCUUCUCUAGCGGAGCUCUAUUGCCUCUGCUGCGCGUCACCUACAAAGCAAAGAACGAGAAGACGACUGCAAAGGUGGAUGAUGCUGAAGCGCUGAUCAAGGCAUUCUUGCCAGCAGAUCAGCUGUUUGAGGACGAGGCUUCCUUCGAGAGGGCAGUGCGAGAGGAGAGCAGCGGUGCUUUUACACCCUUGGGCGAAAAGGUACUUGCAUACACUCGGGCUUUGCAGUCUGGCACGGCCUCCAAAGGCAAAGGCAAGGGCAGAGGCUCGGCCAGAGGUUCCACAUCUGCUCUACAAGCCGGAGGCGCCGCUUCCAGCAGCAGCGAUGCGGGGAAUAGCGAGAGGGUGUUCGAGAUCUAUCGUAGCAAUUGGAGCACGCCAGGUUGGAAAGAGCAGCACAGGCGUAUGCAGAUCUUCACUUUGCUCUUCAUCGAAGGUGCUUCCUACAUCCAAGAGGAGGAGCCUGCAUGGGAGUUCUACACCCUAUACGAGCGUCAAGCAUCAUCUUUGUCUGCGACGGGCUACACUUGGCACUUUGUGGGGUACACCAGCCUGUACAACUUCUGGUGCUAUCCCGAUUCCUCCAGGGUUCGACUGAGCCAAUUCAUCAUCUUGCCUCCCUAUCAGCAUGCAGGUCAUGGUCAAGCCCUCUACAACAAGGUACUGGACGACGUCAUCGCCUCUCCUCGCGUCAUGGAGCUCACUGUAGAAGAUCCUUCUGAAGCCUUCGACCGAGUCAGGGACGGCGCUGACUUGAGGAGGUUGUUCGAUGGCGACGAGGGAUUCGCCAAAAGGGCAGCUAGGGAAGGAAGAUUGGUGCCUCCCUUGGAUCAGAUUUGGAGCGAAAAGAUGAGAUCCACCCUGAAGAUCGCUCCGAGACAAUGGAGCAGACUUGUGGAGAUGGCCCAGCUGCUCAAUCUGGAUCAGGAAGAUCACGAACAGAUGCGACAUUAUCGCCUGCAGGUCAAAUCGCGUUUGUACAAGUUCAACAAGGACGUCCUUCAACAAAUGUCGCGGGGCGAGAGGGUGGCCAAGCUUCAUCAGACGUACGAAGGAGUCAUCGAAGAGUAUUCCAGCUUGACCGGUGUAGAGGUCGACGACUUGCUCGAUGAUUAUGCGCUGGAUGAAAAGGAUAUCAGGGAAGCCGAGCUGGCUGGAGAGGCUGCUGCAAAGGAGAUCGCUGCCGCUGCAAAUGGCAGCGCGAACGGACCGGCUAGAAAGAUGGCUCGGUUGGGUUGA